AUCACCAACUCGGCUAUAUAACCUGAGCGCCCGCGCCGCCUGGACACGAGGAAUUCGCCCCACGCAGAAGGCACGGCGUCCGGAGGCCCCAGGGUUAUGAGACCGUCACUGCUCAGGACUUACUAACAACUACAGGAAACCUAAACAUGACCAAAUCGUACAGCGAGAGUGGGCUGAUGGGAGAGCCUCAGCCGCAGGGUCCUCCGAGCUGGACAGACGAAUGUCUUAGUUCUCAGGACGAGGAGCACGAGACAGACAAAAAGGAGGACGACCUCGAAGCCAUGAACGCGGAAGAGGACUCAUUGAGGAACGGGGGAGAGGAGGAGGAAGAAGAGGAGGAUCUGGAAGAGGAGGAAGAAGAGGAAGAGGAGGACGAUGAUCAAAAGCCUAAGAGACGCGGCCCCAAAAAGAAGAAGAUGACCAAGGCGCGCCUGGAGCGUUUUAAGCUGAGACGCAUGAAAGCUAACGCCCGGGAGCGGAACCGCAUGCAUGGGCUGAACGCGGCGCUGGACAACCUGCGCAAGGUAGUGCCCUGCUACUCCAAGACACAGAAGCUGUCCAAAAUCGAGACACUGCGCUUGGCCAAAAACUAUAUCUGGGCUCUGUCGGAGAUUCUGCGUUCCGGCAAAAGCCCUGACCUGGUCUCCUUUGUACAGACCCUCUGCAAGGGCUUAUCCCAGCCCACCACCAACCUGGUUGCCGGCUGCCUGCAGCUCAAUCCUCGGACUUUUCUGCCUGAGCAGAACCAGGACAUGCCUCCGCACCUGCCGACUGCCAGCGCUUCUUUCCCGGUGCACCCCUACUCCUACCAGUCUCCGGGGCUGCCAAGCCCGCCCUACGGCACCAUGGACAGCUCCCAUGUCUUCCAUGUCAAGCCGCCGCCGCAUGCCUACAGCGCAGCGCUCGAGCCCUUCUUUGAGAGCCCUCUGACUGAUUGCACCAGCCCUUCCUUUGACGGACCCCUCAGUCCGCCGCUCAGCAUCAAUGGCAACUUCUCUUUCAAACACGAACCGUCCGCCGAGUUUGAGAAAAAUUAUGCCUUUACCAUGCACUAUCCUGCAGCGACCCUGGCAGGGGCCCAAAGCCACGGAUCAAUCUUCUCGGGCGCCGCUGCCCCUCGCUGUGACAUCCCUAUAGACAAUAUUAUGUCCUUCGAUAGCCAUUCACAUCAUGAGCGAGUCAUGAGUGCCCAGCUCAAUGCCAUCUUUCACGAUUAGAGGCACGUCAGUUUCACCGUCCCUGGGAAACGAACCCACUGUGCUUACAGUGACUGUCGUGUUUACAAAAGGCAGCCCUUUGGGUACUA